AUGUCUGAUCCUAAAAAGAAACCAACGACACCGUUAAAACCCACAAAGACCAAUGCAGGCGGAGGAAGUACCGGAUCUCAGAAGAAACAAUCUUCAUUGAUGGCAUUCUUCAAACCUGUUGCCAAAUCAGAUUCUAAAGCUCCAGUUCCACCACCCCAAUUGCAAAACAAGCAACCACAAUUACCUUCUUCUUCUCCUUUGAAGAGCAAAUCUGUCAAGAAUGAGAUAUUAAGCGACAAGGAGAACGAACAGGAAUCUACUAGUGCAAAUACCUCGUUUAAUGCCCCUGACAGUCUGUUUACUAGUUAUUCUCUGAAAAAGGAAAAGAUGGCGGAUGCUGAUGAAAUCUCUCAAGUUAAAGUUGCAAAGACUCAUUUGAAUAAAGCUGCUACCAAUUUAAACUCUAGUCCUGUGACUAAGCGUGGACGUGGUACCAAGAAUAUCAGCUAUGCCGAAUCAUCAGAUGAGGAAGAAGAAGAAGACGACAUUAAAGUUGGCAAAAAAAGAAGGAAAGUGAUUGCUGAUGAUAGUGAUAACGACGAUGAGUUCACACCAGCUGGAGAAGAACCAUCUGAUGAUGACAUGAGUGAUUUCAUAGUUGAUGAUGAUAAAGACGAAGACAGCCCAGUCGAAGAAGAAGGAGAGGAGGAAGAAGAUAAUGACGACGAUGUCCCUCUCAGAACUAAACAGCCUAAGAAAGCAACUAAGUCAAUGACUCCAACAAAGAGAGCUCUUGAUAAAAAAUUCAACGCUAAAUCAGCCUAUUCUCCUUCAAAUUAUACCCCUGUCAAAUCUAGUCCUUCGACCAAGGUUACCCCAGUCAAGAAAUCGUUUGCAAAGGAAAACGAAGAAAGAUACCAAUGGUUAGUCAACAUCAAAGAUGCAGAAAAGAGAACUCCUGAUGAUCCAGAAUAUGAUUCUCGUACCUUAUACAUCCCCCAAGCUGCCUGGUCUAAAUUCACUGCAUUUGAGAAACAAUAUUGGGAAAUUAAAUCGAAAAUGUGGACUACUGUGGUUUUCUUUAAGAAAGGGAAGUUUUAUGAAUUAUAUGAAAAUGAUGCUAUUAUUGCCAACACUGAAUUUGAUUUAAAGAUUGCUGGAGGUGGAAGAGCCAAUAUGAAAUUGGCUGGUAUCCCUGAAAUGUCGUUUGAAUAUUGGGCCAAGGAGUUUAUUAGUCAUGGUUAUAAAGUUGCCAAAGUUGACCAAAAGGAAUCCUUAUUGGCUAAGGAAAUGAGAGGUGGAUCUACCAAAGAAGAAAAGAUUAUCAAGAGAGAAUUGACUGGGAUUUUAACCGGAGGUACUUUGACUGAUUUGGAUAUGAUUAGUGAUGAUAUGUCAACUUACUGUUUAAGUAUUAAGGAGGAAGAAAAAGACGAUGGUUCCAAGAUAUUUGGAGUUGCAUUUGUAGACACCUCGACCUCAGAAUUGAAUUUGAUUGAACUUGAAGAUGAUCCAGAAUGUACCAAGUUAGACACUUUGAUAACUCAAGUAAAACCCAAAGAAAUCAUUUGUGAAAAGGGAAAUUUGUGUGGUAUUGCCAACAAAAUCUUGAAGUUCUGUGCCCACAACAACCAUCAAAUUUGGAAUCAAUUGAAUCCAAUUACCGAGUUUUGGGAUUAUGAUGUCACAGUAGAGAAUUUAGUGACUUCAAAGUACUACCCAGCCGAAGACUUAGAUGAUUUUUCACAAUACCCUGUGGUUUUAACCAGCUUUAAAGAAAAGCAUCAAGUUGCAUUCAAUGCAUUUGGUGGGUUAUUGUAUUAUUUGAAAACGUUGAAGUUGGACUCUAGUAUUAUGAGUCUUGGUAAUAUCCACGAAUACAGAAUUUCUCGUAAUGAAGCUUCUCAUUUGAUUUUGGAUGGUAUUACCUUGAACAACUUGGAAAUUUUGAACAAUUCCACCGAUGGUGGUGAUAAAGGUACUCUUUUUAAAUUGUUAAAUAGAGCCACUACUCCAUUUGGUAAGAGACAAUUGAAAAAAUGGAUAUUGUACCCAUUGAUGAAAAUCAAUGAGAUCAAUCAAAGGUAUGAUGCUGUUGACUAUUUAAUGAAUGAUGGUUUAGAAAUUCGCUCAAUCGUAGAAUCAUGCUUGAAUGAAUUACCUGAUUUAGAAAGACUAUUAGCCAGAAUUCAUGCUGGUAAUCUCAGAUUUAGAGACUUUUUGAAAGUGGUUGAAAGUUUUGAAAGUAUUGCCAAAUGUUUGAAUCAAUUGGGCGAAUUUACCAAUGUCGAAUCGGGAGCUUUUUACAAAUACAUUCGGGAAUUCCCGCAAGAAAUAGCUCGGUUAAUUACCGAAUGGGAAGAUGCAUUUGACAGAGAACAAGCCAAGAACGAUGUCAUUAUCCCUGCCAAGGGUAUUGAUGAACAAUUCGAUGAAUCUCAAGCAAUAAUAGAUGAUUUGCAAGGACAACUUGAUCAGCAUCUUAAAGAAUACAAGAAAAGAUUCAAAUCUCAUGAAAUUUGCUACCGUGAUUCCGGUAAAGAGAUUUAUUUGAUUGAAUUCCCUGUCAAAUUGGUCAAACAAAUCCCUAAUGAUUGGCAACAAAUGGGUGCUACUUCUAAAGUCAAGAGAUUCUGGUCACCAGAAGUAAGGAAAUUAGUUCGUGAAUUGCUUGAACAACGUGAAAGACACAAGAUGGUAUGUGAUACGUUGAGAAACAGAAUGUAUUCGAAGUUCGAUAGUCACUACAAUAUCUGGAUGAAGGUAAUUGCUACAAUUUCUAAAAUUGAUUGUUUGUUAGCUUUAGCUAAAGUAUCUGGCACUAUUGGAUAUCCUUCUUGUCGUCCAAAGUUUGUUGAUUCAGAUAGAGGAUAUAUCAAUUUCCAAGAAUUGAGACAUCCAUGCUUUAUCAGUACACGUGAAUUUAUCCCUAAUGAUGUCAUGUUAGGAGGCGAUCAACCCCAUUUUGGUUUACUUACCGGUGCUAAUGCUGCUGGUAAAUCUACAUUGAUGAGAACAACCGCGUUAGCAGUAAUUCUCAGUCAAAUUGGUUGCUAUAUACCUGCACAGCUGGCCGAAUUGACUCCAGUAGAUAGAAUAAUGACCAGAUUGGGUGCAAAUGAUAAUAUAUUACAAGGUAAAUCAACAUUUUUCGUGGAAUUAUCUGAAACGAAAAAGAUCUUGAGUAAUGCUACACCUAGGUCAUUGGUUAUUUUAGAUGAAUUAGGAAGAGGUGGUUCUAGUAGUGAUGGAUUUGCCAUUGCCGAAGCGGUAUUAUACCACUUAGCAACACAUUUGCAGUCAUUGGGAUUCUUUGCUACUCACUAUGGUACAUUGGGUGCAUCUUUCAAAACCCAUCCCCAAAUUAAACCACUCCGCAUGGGUAUCAUUGUUGAUAGCAACACGCGUAAUAUUACCUUUUUGUACAAAUUAGAAGAAGGUGCCGCCUCAGGGUCGUUUGGGAUGAAUGUUGCAUCCAUGUGUGGAAUUUCAGAUGAAAUUGUGGUGAAUGCAGAAAUGGCUGCUAAAAAUUACGAACAAACAUCCAAAUCUAAAAAGUCAAAUCUUCCCAAGAUUGAAGAUGGACUAAGCUUGGGAUUACAGAGUGAUUUUGCCUGGAUAGCAAAGGAACAAUGGGGUGUAUUGAGUAAAGAUAUUUUGAAUUAUGAAGAACCAGUUAAGCAACAUGCAUUGGAAAACAUAUUCACCAUGAUUGACCAGUUAAGUGUAUAG